ACUGAACCAUCGCUGGCAUCAUCGUUUCCCACAGGCUGGAAAACUGUGUGAGUUCAUUAAACUGGGAAAAACAAAGUGAACUGGGUCACAUUUAAACUAUUGAUUUAGUUCAUGAGAUGUUUGAACUUAAACAAAACUGGGGGAGUGUUGUGCCAAUCUGCUCAGAUUGGUUGACAGUCAAGCGAUGACUCAGGCUCCAUUUACUACAAAACAGACUCACAUUCGCCUGUAUCUUUACCACAUCUUCAUUUUGUAGUGAAGCAGUGCUCCCUAAAAACUCUCAAAAUGGCUCUCUCACUCUUCACCGUCGGACAAUUAAUUUUCUUAUUUUGGACAAUAAGAAUCAAUGAAGCCAACCCCGACCCCGCAGCCAAAGCUGCCGCAGUCGCCGACCCUGCCGCAGCCGCUGUAGCCCCCGCCGCUGACGCCUUCUCAGCAGCCGCCGACACUGCCUCUGACGCCGCCGCCGCCGCAGCCGCCACCGCCGCUGCCGCCAAAGCCGCCGCCGAAAAAACCGCCCGAGACGCCGCUGCAGCAGCCGCAGCCACCGCCAGAGGUUAAGGAUCGUGGUCGUCUUGAUGUGGGAUCAUGUGAACAUCUGACCAGCGAGAUGUUACCAAUCUGCUGAAUAAACCUGAGAAGCUGUUUGUUGAAAACCAAGUGUCCUGUUCAUUUCAUCUCUGAAACUCCUUCACAGUUUCUGUAGAUCGUGUUUUUAACACAUAAACCUCCAGAAAUCAUGAUGCGUCACGUUUGGACUUUGGGUUAGAAUAAAUACAUAAGAUAUGAUAUGUUAGUGAUCUUAAAGAGGUUCUUGUUUCCAUUAUGCUAAGCUAACAGAUAACGGACUGCAGCUUCAUAUUUACACGUAGACUCCAGGAAGUGAUGCCAUUGUGCUGCCUGAAACCUGCAGGUCUACAAGGUUUCAUAACUGAUUUAGAUUUUAAAAUACUGACUUAUUAUUCACAUUUUCGUUCUCACCAGCUCUAUGAGUAUUUCUCCUUCAAGUACAGAUGUGGACAGUGUUGGUGGAAUCCUGAAGUUUAGUACUUAAGUAAAAGUACAAGUACCCAGGAAAAUAUAUACUUAAGUAAAAGUAAAAGUACUACAUCAACAAUCCUACUUAAUUAAAAGUAAAAAGUACUUACUUUUAAAUUUACUAUAAGUAUUAAAAGUAAAAGUAUUGACGCAAUGGGUUGCCUCUCAAUGUCUAGGCUGUGCCAUUUUGAUAAAGAAUGCAGAUAUAGCUACUGGUAAUACUCAUGCCUCUACAGAUGUCACUACUAGUAAUAAUUAUAAGCAACAACAUUUGUUUAUUGGAAAGGUUGGUGUACUUAUUGUGCUUACCCUCUGUAAUACUGUUCACACUCUAUCUUACAAUUCUGCGGAUGACAAGUUAUCUACCAGGGAUUAUCUGCAAAGUUAAAACCUUUAAGACAAACCAAUAAAGACAACAUGUUAUAUCUUUAAA